AACACGUGUCUGUGACGCCGAGCCUUGAGACCCAAAACAAACCUUGGCUGUUUGUUGUUUGUUUGUCUCCGUCUGUUCUGCUCUGAAAAACACUUUAAAAACAUUUUAAAAACGUCUUAAACUCUCCGUAUCGUCUCCUGUCAGAAGCUUCAUGGUGUCUCUCUGAAGCGGCAGCUGGAGUUUACCGGUAACGGCUCGGUAACGGUCCGGUAGCUGCUCGGUUAGCAGGUUAGCAGCCAUGGCUCAGCAGAGAGGAGUCAACAGUCUGCAGUUCAACCAGGACCAGAGUUGUUUCUGUUGUGCGAUGGAGACUGGAGUGAGGAUUUAUAACGUGGAGCCGCUGAUGGAGAAAGGUCACCUGGACCACGAGCAGGUGGGAAGUGUCGCUCUGUGCUCCAUGCUGCAUCGAUCCAACCUGCUGGCCGUUGUCGGAGGAGGAGUCAACCCCAAGUUCUCAGAAAUAUCAGUGCUGGUUUGGGAUGACGCUCGAGAGUCUCGUGACCCCAAAGACAAACUGGUUCUGGAGUUCACCUUCACCAAACCCGUCCUGGCUGUUCGCAUGAGACACGACAAGUAGGUUUACUGUCAGUGUAGACUGUCUGUAGUUUA